AUGGCCAUUCGCAGCCUCUCCGGUCUGGUGAAGAAGGAGGUGAAGCACACGUUAGCGGCGCGGGCAAGGGAACAGGAUGACGACGGCACCGGAAAUGAGGAUAAUCCUGCUGAAACUACAUCUGUGAAGCCAAAACCGGAGGACGAUCCGCCCGCCCCGAAGACAGUUGACCCGGCAGUUCAAUGGCUGCUGACUGAGAAGCAGAUCGAUGUGAACGGGAACGAGCUGUGUAAGAUCAAGACACUGGAAAUCGAGAUGAGCGUCUUCACCCAGGUGGCGUUGAAGUGCGAGGACAACCCGCAACGGCAGUGUCAAACGGGCUGGGACAACCAGGUCGAGUCUGUCUACGUGGCUACCGGCCAGGCGUGCUAUGUGCUGUAUACCGAGUUGGAAUGUGCUGGGCAUGACAUGAAGAUAAACCGCCGCAAAGUAAUCGAUAAGCGCACCGAGAACCUCCACGACAACAACCUGGCCCGUCGACACUCUUCGAUCCGAGUCUGCAACGAAUUUGAGCGAUUUCACGAU